UCUCCGGUCGCUGAUCAGAAGAGGUUACGAGAAUUGUAGGACCUCAAAUACUUACACCACGAAGUCAGUGUUCAUCGAUGGUUACUCCUUGACACAGAACAAUGUCAGAAACCUCAGCUGUUGUUGGUGUUAGGAGUCUGUGAAAUAAGCAACAGCAGCAGCAACAGUAUCAAUACGGACAAGAGUUACUUCAGCCCUGCAGGGCCUGAUAAUUUACUCCAUCAUGAAGGUUCUUGUUGCAGCUUUUCUCUGCUGCAUCUUUCUGGCGUUGCAGGAAAACGUCGUUGGUCAACGGACGUAUCAGAGAGUCAAAAGGAAAGAGGUGUAAAAACCAAGAGGAUCACUGUAAACUCUGACAGUGAAUCCAAAAUGACUGUCGGGGACCGGAGCGUUGAUGGUGGAACACAACUUUCUAACAGGAAUAGUGGUAAUGCUAAACAAAUGAAAAGUGAGACCAAGACCCAGGUCAGAAGUGGAAAGAGUAGCGGUAGACAAAAUUGGAAUAGAAGCAGCAAGAGACAAGGGACAAAACGACGCCCAGCCAAUCACAACAGCAGGCUUGUCAAGAACCAGGAUAGGCACAGACGUGUCAAGAACCUGGAUGGGUUUAGACGUGUCAGGAAAGGAAAGACAAGAAGAAAGAAAAUUAGCAAAACUCGCGGGAUCAACAAGAAAACAGAGAGCAGUCGUGAUAGCAAAGGCAAGAAAUAUCGCAAUGCCAAGGAGGAAGAGACCGAUAACAGAGCCAAGAACAAAAGGAGCCAUCGCAAUGGUAUUGAAGGUGGAGAUAAGAUCUCGGAAAAGAAUUCUCCAAAUAACCAGAAAACCGCCAAAGGACACAAGAAAAGAAGAUAUCCGAAAAAGAUAAAUUAUAAAACACAAGAUCGCAACUCAAGAAAAAAAAUAUUUAGGCAGCUGAAGGCUAAGAAGAAGAGAAAAGGAAAAAAACAACCCAGAAAUCUCAAAGAAUACAAAUUAAACCCAAAAUUCUCAAAGAAGGAGUCGCCUAAAUUACAAAGAAAAGUAUCUGAUGUAGAGAGAAAACAGAAAUCAACUAAAUGGAAGAAACAGAAGUUAACUAAAAGGAACAAACAGAAAUCAUCCGAAAGAAAAAAGCAAAAGGCAGCUCCAAUGAAAAAACAGAAAGUAACAAAACAAAAGAAAGAAAAAUCAGCUAGAGGGAAAAAACUGAAGUUCGCAAAAAGGAAGAAACAAGAGUCAACUAAAGGGACGAAAUGGAAGCAACAGAAAUUACCUAUAGAGAAGAAACAGAAGUCAAACAACAGAAAGUCACAGAAGUUAGGCAACAGAGAGACACAGAAGCCAACUACAAGAAGGAAACAGAAAGAAGCUAAAGGGAAGGUAAUUAAACUGAACAAACAAAAGUCAGAUAAAGGGAAAAGACGAAAGGCAGGAAUUGGGGAAAAACGUAAGUCAGCGUCCAGGAAGAAGGAAAAGACAGCUAGAGGGAAGAACAAAAAGGGAAAAACAAAGAAGAGCAAAGAUAAAAAACAUAGACAUAGGAAAAAGGACGAGAAAAAGAAAUUGAAGAAAAACAGGAAUAAGAACAAGCACAAAGUACGGAAGGGUGGAAGUCGACAAUCCAAAAAAAAUAAAAACAAAAAAGGCAAUCGAAAGAGUGAAAAAUAUAUGAAGAAAACGAGUAAAUUUAAGAAAAGUAAACAUAAAAAGAGUAGGAAAAUGAACAAAAAACAAAAUAAAAAUAAAAAAAAAGGAUGGUAAGCUAAAAAAAGGAAAUAAAAAGAAGAGGCCACACGGUAGCGGGGAGAAUCAUCAUCGUCCUCCAUACGGUAGCGGGGAGAAUCAUCAUCGUCCUCCACACGGUAGCGGUGAGAAGGGACGUUGCAAAACAACCAAAAAAUGCAUGAAAAGUGGCGGGAAGUGCACUUCUGAAAAAAAGUGCAAGACUAAGGCUGUGACUGGGAAGUGCAAAGGAAAGUCUUGCCACUGUUGUCUCUCUGUUUGCGCAGCUAAACCAAAAAAGAAAUGCACUAAACACAAGGGUGUGUGUAAGACAAAGUGCGACGUGAAGGAGCGACAGAUCCCCAAGGGUUGCAUGAAGAAAACUUGUGUCUGCUGUGCCAAGGCUUGCAAGCCCACGACGCAGUGUACUGCUGGUGGUGGUUAUUGUGUAGAUAAGAAGAAGUCUUGUAAGGGAUGGGUCGACAAGGAUGACUGCAAGGGAGCCAAGUGCUUCUGUUGUUAUCCAGUGACGACGGCAAAAAAGACAACGAGUACCACAACUACGACUACCACAACUCCGAAUACCACAACUACGACUACCACAACUCCGAAUACCACAACUACGACUACCACAACUCCGAAUACCACAACUACGACUACCACAACUCCGAAUACCACAACUACAACUACCACAACUCUGAAUACUACAACUACGUCUACCACAACUCAGAAUACCACAACUACGACUACCACAACUCAGAAUACCACAACUACAACUGCGAAUACCACUACUACAUCAACGACUACCACAACCACAAGAACGACUUACAACUUCUAUAAGUACCACGACUACAACUACCACAACAACGACUUCAGCUUCUAUAAGUCCCACAACUACAACUACAGCAUCAACAGUUACUACAACAAGCACGAGUUUCACAACCACAAUAACAAGUACCACCACAAUUGCAACAACGUCAGUAACAACUACUUCAACCAGCACAUCUACUACCACUUCAGUGAGCACUACACCUACUACUACAACCAGCAAUAUAACUACUACCACUUCAACCAGUGCCUCAACUUCUACAAGCAACACCUCAACUACUACUUCAACCACCACUUCAACAACUACUUCAACCAGCACGUCAACCACUAA